AUGGAGUUUAUGAGCACUUGGUGGCAAGCAGUGAUGAUUUCAUUUUUGAAAUAAAAUGAAAAUCAAUUCAAACAAUGAUAUAAUUUAUAUUACGCACUAAAUUAAGAAGUGUGAUAGUACAUUAGAUCCGAAGUUUUUAGUAAUCACCAUAAAAUUAAUUGUGCAAUAAAUAAAUUGAUUCGUAGAAUUAUUUUGGAUAAUCAGCUGAGAAAGACAGAUUCGCAAAUAUUUACCAGUAUACCUACCAAUAAAUUUGGUAAAUUUCUCAUUUGGAUUUAAAGAAAUUUCGCCAAACUGGAGCGAUUACCUGAAUAUCUCCGCGAUACCGUGGAUUGGUUCAUAGGUACAAAGAAACAUUUACAAUUUAUGUUUAGCAUUGUUUAUAAAGAUAACGUAAUAAUUUUUCUACGGAGAGUAUGAUAAACUGGGUACUAAUUCCAUUUAUACCAAAUCAAUAGCAUUACUCAUGGACCUUGUGCUUAUUUAUGCUACAUUUUAUAAGAAUAUUAUUACAGUGGGGUUAUCAGAAGUUUCUACUUUAAAAUUCAUUAGAAUUAGCCUUGGAAUUGGAUGAACCAUGUCUGUUAUGAGUAGUAUUGAUUCCCCUAAUUUUAACACCAGAAGUUAGAUGUAAUAAUAUCACUCCAUAACUUUAAACAUUGAUUCUAAUUUCAUUAAAUACUUAUUGCAAUUAGAAAAGCAAGAAGAAAAGAGAAAGAAGGGCCAGAUGCAUCGUCAUCAAAUGAUUCGAAAUUGUACUUAGAAUCCACUGUUUUAGAAAGAAAAUUGCCAGAGAUGGACAUGAGACUUUUAGUCGAUUUACCACCUGGCUUAGAUUAUAAUGAAUGGCUUGCAUCACAUACAAUGGCACUAUUUGACCAUGUGAAUUUAGUGUAUGGUACAGUUAGCGAAUUUUGUACACCGGCUUUGUGUCCAGAUAUGACGGGACCAGGUCAGAGGACUUAUUUGUGGUUUGACGAAAAAGGGAAAAAAACUAAAGUUGCGGCACCCCAGUAUAUAGACUAUGUGAUGACUUUUAUUCAAAAAACUAUUGGAGAUGAAACUAUUUUUCCCACAAAAUACGCGAACGAAUUUCCUUCUUCGUUCGAGUCGAUAGUCAGAAAAAUAGUUAGACUCUUGUUCCACGUUGUGGCGCACUUAUACGCCGCCCAUUUCAAAGAAGUGGUGAUGUUGGGCUUGCACGCGCAUCUUAACCUCACUUUCGCCCAUCUAACGGCGCUCCAUCAUCGCUUUUCGUUGAUAGAACCGAAGGAAACCGAGAUACUGAUGGAUCUGGAGGUGGCCCUCAGGCUCAGGGAGGAAACCACCAAUCAAGAAGGUGCUAACGCCAAUAACAAUGAUCAUUCCGAUGCUUCGGAUACGUUGGAUUCGAAAUCUAAUUUGACGGAAGGAAGUUUUGGCGACAAUAAAUCGUAGUUCGUUAUGGGUGAAUAAGACGUAAAUGUAAAUAAGACCCAAUUUGAUUUUCCUAAAAAAAAAAAAAAAUAUAUAGUACAGGUAACCUGAACUAGUAGAGCAUGUGAUUUUAAGACACAUUAGUGACUUACUUUUUAUUUAUUGUUUUUAAGAUAUUUUAUUUCUGUUGACACCCCCCAUUCCCCCCGAUCGGCGUUGAUGACAUUAUGAAAUCAAAUAUUUCAUCGCAAAAAUAUUUUUUCUGUAUAAAUUGCGGAAAAAAUAUGAAAUAUUUUUAUUAUUGGUAGGUAUACCCAUGCACGGUCGAAUAGAUUUUUUUUAAGAUUUAAGAAUAAUUGUGUAGUUACUGUUAUUGAUUAAAAAAAAUACACAAAGAAAAAUACGCGUUAAAUAUUUUUUAUUAUGAUUUUUUGCAAUGAUUGAUAGAAUGAAAUUGAAACAUUUUUGCUUUAUUUCUUUAAGACGAUUUGUAUAACUAAGUUGAGUCGCAAGAAACUACAUAUUUUGUUAAAUGACUAUUAAAAAAGUCCACUCUCCUUUAUUUUUGAUAUACAGGGUGAAACAAUGUCUGGAUUUAUAUUUUUUGAGGUACGGUAAGAUCUAUGUCAGUAGAAAGGGGAGAAAUACUUUUUUACAACUUGCAAUUAAAUCAGUCUUUGAUGUAGUUCCAUACUAGUCUUGAGGUAUUCCUCUUAAGGUGUGACUCGACCAGUAAUAGAGGAAGUUUGUGUCAACUUUCUAGUUUUUAAAUAAAACACCCUUUUCUAUAUAUUUAAGCUGCAAAUCAACCUUCACUUAUCACCGAAAAGAAAGAUAGCCGAACUGGAAUCAUUGUCGUACCCAUUUUAGGGUUUGUUCUUUCCAACGUAUUUUUGAAAAACCUGAACAAACCUUUCUAUAAUAUAAUUAUUAUACUGUUGUGAUCUCACAUUGUCGAAAUGAAUGAAAACACAAUAACAAAACAGAUAGAUAGGUAUUUGUAUUAAUGAAAUAUCGCUUUUUUUUCCUGUUUUAUAAUUUUCCCUGUGAACAAGUAAUAUGGGACAUUUUUUUUUGUAUAUAAUGUAAUAAGGGUAGUUUUCUGUAAGUAAUACGUUUUUAUACCGCUGGCUCGUAGAUUAUAGGUUCCAGUGAACGAUAUUUAAUUCUAAUUUCGCAAAAAAGAGAAACGAUUGCUUACAGAAAUUUCCCUAAAUGUAGGAUUAAAAAAGCAAAAAAAUAAAUAAAAAAAUGACACCUUUAAGUGAGGUUAAUGAUGGUAUUGUAAACUUGAAAAUUUGCAUAUAAUUUUGUUGCCAUGUAUUCUCACUUAUUGAAUUUUUAGACUUGUAGCUUUAUUGCCGAGAGUCCGUUGACUGUAUUGCUUUAUAAUUCGAAUUUUAUAGUAUACACCCUGAGGCAGAUCGAAAAAAAAAUCGAUUUUUUUUUUACAUUGACCCACGUUGAUAGCGCCUAAAAUAUUGGACCUUUAAUUUUGUAUACUACCAUUUUUGGCUUAAAAUCGACGUGUUUCAAUGGAAAAAAAUAUUUUACCGCCUAAACUAGAAUUUGAACUUAAUCCUACAUUGUUAAAUUUAGACGAGUCAAUUUUUGUCACGGAACGAUAUAGUUGACGUUCUCGAAAUAGACUGGAACACGACAUAAAUGUGUGUGAUCUUAGAAAGCAUUUCAUAUAAUUUUUCUGUACAGUGUUAUUGUUCAAUGAAACGCUAUUAAUGUAUAUAACAAAGAUUUUUAGUUUUAUUAUUUUAGAGUCCGCUAUUAGACAUAGCAUUUGUUGAAACAUUACAGA